AUGGAAACCACAGAGCUCACUCACUUCACUCACAAAACAACCAUCAUCACAAUGGAGAAGGGAAGACUUCAGGUUUCUCGAUCAACUCUUACCCCACUGCUCCAAAGAUCAGAAGAUGUAGACCUGACUCCGAUCACCAAUAAGCUGUGGAAGAGGUUCUUCGAGAGAGACUUCGGUGGCAAAGCCACUGAUGAGGUGAUCCAGAAGAUGAAGAUCAAGAAAAUGAGUUUUAAGUGGUCGGAGUUGUACGAGGCCAAGUCAAAGAGGAUAGAAGAGGAUGAGAAAGAAGUAGGUGAAAGGUUAAAGAAGCUGUAUGAGAAAGAAGCUGCUCGGAAACAAAGCCGGCAAGUUAAGGUGUUGGACAAGGUUCCACCUUCUUCGUCAAGCAACAAAACAACUGGGUCCAAGAAAGAGAGCAAACUGAUGAGAAAAUUAAGGAAACAGCAUCUGAAUUAUCUGGAAGUGAGAAACAAAGAAGCUAUGAAGAUGAAGAGAACUGCUGCCACCUGUUCUGGUCUCAUCAGAAAGCCAAGAACGAGUAUUAAACCUAUGAACGUCUUUUGA